UAUAAGAAACACGAAAAAUGUCUGGAAGAGGGAAAACCGGAGGAAAAGCCAGAGCGAAGGCUAAGACUCGCUCAUCCCGUGCCGGGCUCCAGUUCCCAGUCGGCCGUGUCCACAGGCUGCUCCGUAAAGGAAACUACGCUCAGCGUGUAGGAGCCGGCGCCCCCGUCUACCUGGCGGCUGUGCUGGAGUACCUGACCGCUGAGAUCCUGGAGCUGGCUGGAAACGCUGCCCGCGACAAUAAGAAGACCCGUAUCAUCCCCCGUCACCUGCAGCUGGCUGUCCGCAACGACGAGGAGCUCAACAAGCUGCUGGGCGGAGUGACCAUCGCUCAGGGCGGCGUGCUGCCCAACAUCCAGGCCGUCCUGCUGCCCAAGAAGACUGAGAAGCCCGCCAAGAAGUAAACACUCGGAACCGGCUUCAACCAAACCAACAACGGCUCUUUUAAGAGCCACACACAUCUAACUAAAGAGCGCUCCUUAUUUAUCUAUAUUGUGAAAAUCCUUGUUUAUGGUAAUUCAAGUUGUUUUUUUGCGUGUACGUCAAGUGAGACUAUCUUGCUACAUCAAUUUGUAGAUGAUAUUUGACAAAUAUGAAUCUAAAGUAUGUACAUAAUAACAACCGCGUCUCCGACUCUUUCCCCAUUGAAGAAAAGCCAAGAACCUAUUUCGUACGUUCAGUUUAUAUUUUGGAUUCCUUAAAUACAGAUCCAUGGUACGCACUGAGCACUUCUUUGCAACAUUUAAACUGGUAUGUGAAACGUUACUAUUAUUGCUGUGAGUUGGCCUGAACAGUUUUCUGCCAUUUAAACUGAGUCACUGUUUUAUAGAGCACCCCGGUACCAUUUGUUUCCAUAUUUAAUACAAAUAAUACAGUAUUUGUCUUAAUGAAGUCUCAGUGGAUAAACGAAAACACUGUUAUUGUAAAUCGUUGUCAAUAAAUUUGUAGCUGCAGGAUAGAAUACAAUUCUAUGAUAGGCUCAUCAUAUACAAUAUGACACAGUAUUGUUUCAGGAUUGUUGCUCUGUUAGUAUUUGUAUGUGGCUCUUAAAAGAGCCGUUGUGUGAUUGUA